AUGCCGACUCAGCACCGCAUUCUCUCGCUGGUCUUCAACGACUUCGAAGCUCUCGAUCUCUUCGGCCCAUUGGGCGCCAUCGUCCCCCGAAGCGAUUACUACACUCUCGAGCUAGUCAGCCUGCACAACCUAGACUCGCCACAUGGCCUCGAAACCUCCAUAAAGAACGGCAUCGGCGUGAUCCCGACCCUCUCGCUGGCCGAGGCCCUCAGAGAGAAGCAGGAGUUUGACACGCUUUUCAUCCCGGGUGGCUUCGGCAUGAUGCCUUUGGUCUGGGACCCGAUCCUGCUGCAGCGCAUCAGUCAGCUGGUCGACCGCGCCGCCAAUGUCUUCACCGUGUGCACCGGCUCCAUCUUGCUGGCUGCGACUGGCCGGCUGGAUGGGCGGAAGGCGACGACGAACAAGCGGCUGUACGAUGAGCUGACUCCGAAGUACCCCGGUGUCCAAUGGCAGAAACGUGCCCGCUGGGUGCAGGACGGGAAAUUCCUGACUUCCUCGGGUGUCACGGCGGGCAUCGACGCCGGCUUUGCGUUCCUGGCUAGCACGUAUGUCGUGCCCGAGAACCGCCUGGCUUAUCCUGAGGCUCAAAAGGCUUCUCCCCAGGGCGAGCAGAGAGCCAUCACUGGCUUCAGCAAGGAGAAAGCUCUGCAUCAUGCGCAUUCCGUUGCCUUUAGUUUGGAAUACCGCUGGCACUCGGAUCCUGCUGAUGAUCCCUUUGUGGAUUUGCCUGGAACAGACGGCAACGCAUUGAUAAAUUCCCUCUGA